UGAUCUAUUUCUGCUCUCUCCUCGCUUUACUUCAGCACAUGCAUGAGUCUGUCAUGCGUCUGCAGCAAUGAGUUUAAUCAGAGGACUGGUUUCCACUCUAUACUGCCUUCCAAAGGUUUAUAAAUGGUUUUAUCGACCCUAUUACUCGCUGUCACUGCUGAUGACCGUGGCGUUCCCCAUCGUGCGCAGCUGUCCCGGACUCUGCGAGUAUUUACCGUCUCAGAGAGAGGACAGCAACUCCUGCGCCUUUGACUGGAGGGAGGUGGAGAUUUUAAUGUUUCUCAGUGCUAUUGUCAUGAUGAAGAACCGCAGAGCCAUAACACUGGAGCAGCACAUAGGGAAUAUAUUUCUCUUCAGUAAGGUGGCGAACGUGGUGCUGUUUUUUCGAGUGGAUCUGAGACUCGGCCUUCUCUACCUCAUGCUGUGUGUGGUGUUCCUUAUCACAUGUAAGCCACCAAUCUACAUGGGCCCCGAGUUCAUCAAAUACUUCAGUGACUCAACUAUAGAUGAAGAGCUGCAGAGGGACGGUCGUGUGACAUGGAUUGUUGAGUUUUAUGCCAACUGGUCUCCAGAGUGUCAGACAUUUGCUCCUAUUUUUGCUGACCUGUCACUCAAGUAUGACUGCUUAGGCCUCAAAUUUGGAAAAGUGGACAUUGGACAAUAUGCAGCAGCUGCCGAGAGGUAUAAGGUAAACCCCUCGCCGCUCUGCAAGCAGCUGCCUUCUCUGUUGCUCCUGCAAGGCGGUCGAGAACUCAUGCGCCGCCCGCUAGUGGACAUAAAGGGACGAGCCGUUGGGUGGAACUGCACUGAGGAAAAUAUCAUUCGAGAGUUCAACCUAAAUGAGAUGUUCCAGAGAUAUAAGAAAUGUAGCAAAGGAGAGAAGCCUGAGGAACCGAAGACACUCCUGCAGGAGGCUCCUGAAGAAGAGCAGCCACAUGAGGAGGAGGAGGAGGAACCAGAGAGCAAGAAAGACAAAUAAGACACAGAACGGAAAGGCAUUCAGCAUUUAUGACUAUCCUGAACCCACACCGAAUAGUGCAACACAUCAUCUACACAAAUGCCUCGCAUGUGGAAACUUUUCCUCUUAACUUUAAUCUUUCAUUUUAGUUGUCAGUCGACACACAAACAGCUGUGUCUGCUUUCAUAUUCUGGCCGCUGGCUUUUCAUAAUAAAUGCAUUCAGUGCGUCUUAAAGUUUAAUCAUUUUAAACUGCAUUAUUCUUUUAAGCCGAGGGGGUCUGUGGUGGUGCUGCAGGGGGGUUGCCAAUUACUGUUUGAUCUCAAAAUAUUAGGCUUUAAAUGAAAACACGCAACAUUAAGUUGACUUCCCCUAAAGAUAAUAAGCUAAAUGUUUCACUGUCCCUGAUUACGGCAUGCCAGCAUCAUAAUAAAGUAUGUAAAUGCAUAUGGAUUACAUUUUAUUAUAGGCCAAGUUUAAAAUGCGGACAGGACAUCUCCGAUCGCUCUUAUAAUCCAGCAAGGAGUCGUUAGCCUCGAGUCUUUUAUGCUUUAUUUUAUGCAUGGUGACCCGUGUUGCAUUUGCACUUGAGGUUCAAAACUGAGUAAUUUGUGUUUGUUCGAGCAUUAGCUAUUAAAAUGACACAUUCUUCCAAAAAUGAACUUUUUU